AUGACCUCUCAGCCACCCACCCGCAUCCUCGUCAUCUCCGACACCCACGGCGCCAACCUCACAACCAGCAACCUCGAGCCCGUCGACCUCAUCAUCCACUGUGGCGAUCUCACCCAAGAAUCCAAACUCGACGAAUACAAACAAGCCAUAUCCCUCCUCAGAUCCCUCUCUGCACCGCUAAAGCUUGUGAUAGCCGGUAACCACGACUUCACCCUCGACACAUCAGUUUUUGCGCAAAAGCUGAUCGAAGCAAAACUACAGCCACCUCAAAAAGACAAAGCGGUAAAGCAAGCAUACGGCGAUUUUGGCGAAGUCAGAGCUCUACUGGAAGAUCAACGCGAAGCUGGGAUCAUAUUCUUAGAUGAGGGAACUCACGACAUUGAACUCGGCGAUGGAUGUUCACUGAGAGUGUAUGCAAGUCCAUAUACACCCUCCAAAACUGGUGGUUGGGGUUACUGCUACGAUCCUGUUGAAGGUCAUGAUUGGAAAAUCGGCAAGGAGAUUGAUAUUGCAAUCACUCAUGGUCCUCCAAAGGGAGUACUGGAUUACACAUACAAUAAACAACGCGCUGGAUGUAGUGAUCUCUUUGGCGCAAUAGCCAAAGCUCGUCCGCUUAUGCAUUGCUUCGGACACAUACACGAAUCCUGGGGUGCNAAAAAAGUCACCUGGCGAGGCACCGAGUGCAGCGAGCUUCCAUCACACUUCACAGACAUCGACAACGACAAUUCGGAACUCAUCGAGAAUCUCGUUACUCUAAGGCCGGGCAAAUUCGACUCGGCUGCAGAGAAGAAGCUCAAAAAGGCAAAGCUGAGAGAAUUGGUUCAGCCUGGAUAUCGUCAUACUGCUCCAACCCUGCAGAGAGGUAUGCAAACACUNUUUGUCAAUGCUGCUAUCGAAGGAGCAGAGACAGAGAUGCAGCAACUACCCUGGUUGGUAGAGCUCGACCUCCCAAGGAACUAG